AGGAAAAUUAGUUCAAAGGAGAGAAAAUGGGAGGAUUCUUUUUCCAAUCCUGACCAGACAGUGAUAAUGUGGCCGGAGCAAGCUCCAGAUCACAUUGACAUUCUGACCACGCUGUAUAAGUCACAGCAUGAUGAUCAGUACGAUGACAAAGAACUUUUAACUCUUUUGGUUAAGGAAUGGACGAUCGUUAUUGAGGAAGUUACAGCGAAAGGACGGAGAAAACCUAUCGCUGCCGUUCCUCUUAACAUGCGCCUUUUCAUUAUGGAUCAUCCUGAUCAGAAAUCUGAACUCAAACUCAAGCUCAGGCCACUAACAUCUCAACUUAAGCAGUGCAAUCUAGUGCUACUGUUAUCAAGCCACCUGCUACAAGAGGGAUUGUGA